AUGCGACUCGCUCAAAUGGCAGCUCAUCUCUCGAACGGCAAGCCUUCAAAUGGCAGCUCAUACGAAGGCUCAACCCUAGCAGACCUUCCGAAAUCAUGGACUUUCACCUCCUCGUUGCCCGCAGACCCGAAGUUUCCUACACCAGCUGCCUCGCACAAGACUCCUCGUCAAGACAUUGAGCCUCGGCAGGUGAAGGGAGCGUUGUACACAUGGGUACGACCCGAAGAAGCUCAGGAACCUGAAUUAUUGGGGAUUAGUCUAGCUGGGAUGCGAGAUCUUGGGAUCAAAGAAGGAGAGGAGAAGACAGAAGACUUUAAACAGCUAGUUGCAGGCAACAAACUGAUGGGAUGGGACGCAGAGAAAGAAGAGGGUGGAUAUCCUUGGGCACAAUGUUAUGGUGGAUGGCAAUUUGGGUCUUGGGCUGGUCAAUUGGGUGAUGGUAGAGCGAUAUCCUUAUUCGAAACGACGAACCCGACUACGAAGACUAGAUACGAAUUACAAUUGAAGGGAGCUGGUAUUACACCCUACUCUAGGUUCGCAGAUGGAAAGGCAGUCCUGAGGUCGAGCAUAAGAGAAUUUGUUGUAUCAGAAGCUUUGAAUGCAUUAAGGAUACCGACCACUCGAGCGCUAUCUUUGACAUUGCUGCCACGUUCGAAGGUCCGGAGAGAGACUAUCGAGCCGGGAGCUAUUGUUGCUCGAUUUGCUCAAUCUUGGUUGCGAAUAGGAACAUUCGACAUCCUGAGAGCACGUGGCGAACGAGACAUGAUCCGGCAGUUGACAACAUAUAUUGCAGAAAAUGUAUUUGAUGGCUGGGAGUCAUUGCCAGAAAGGAACCCUUCAGAAGACGGCAAGGAUGCACGACCUCUCAAAACUGGAGUUGGGAAAGACGAGAUUCAAGGACCAGCAGGCCUCGAAGAGAAUCGUGUCACUCGCUUAUAUCGAGAGAUUGUCCGUCGGAAUGCAAAGACUGUGGCAGCCUGGCAAGCAUAUGCCUUUACAAACGGAGUUCUCAACACAGACAAUACAUCCAUUUUUGGGCUGUCCAUCGACUUUGGACCAUUUGCUUUCUUAGACAACUUCGAUCCCAAUUACACUCCGAACCACGACGAUCAUAUGCUCCGAUACUCCUACCGCAACCAACCAACGAUCAUCUGGUGGAACUUGGUCCGAUUAGGAGAGUCUCUUGGCGAGCUGAUCGGCGUUGGUGCCAAUAUCGACAAGGAAGAGUUCGUGGAGAAAGGUAUCCGACAAGAAGAUGCAGAUGAUCUAGUCUCUCGAGCUGAAGCACUCAUCACGCGAGCUGGAGAAGAGUACAAAGCCGUGUUCUUAGAAGAAUACAAGCGUCUUAUGACAGCGAGACUUGGCUUAAAGACACACAAGGAAUCAGAUUUUGAAAAUCUGUUCAGUGAGCUCUUGGACACGAUGGAAGAAUUGGAGCUAGACUUCAACCAAUUCUUCCGGAAAUUGAGUAACCUGAAAAUUGGAGACCUCGAGACCGAAGAGCAGAGAAAGUCAGCAGCAGGCGUAUUCUUCCACCACGAAGGUGUGACUGGCAUCAACAACAACGAAGAGUCAGCGCGGAAGCGAAUUGGUAAUUGGCUCGAGAAAUGGAGUACGAGAGUCUAUGAGGAUUGGGGACCUAAUGGAGAAGAUGAAGCAAGACAAGUAGAGAUGAAGAAAGUUAAUCCAAAGUUUAUUCCGAAAUCAUGGAUUCUGGAUGAACUCAUCAAGAGGGUGGAGAAAGGGGGCGAAAGAGAGAUUCUGGACAGAAUCAUGCACAUGGCCCUCAAUCCUUUCGAAGAGAGCUGGGGAUGGGACGAGAAAGAAGAGGAGAGAUUUUGUGGCGAUGUGCCGAAAUUUGAUCGAGCUAUGCAAUGCUCGUGUAGUUCGUAG